UGGAUGCACUCAUCAACGCUAGUGUCUUGGCUGCCUUAUUCAGCCUAGCGUCGAUUCUACUAGGUCAUACCGAAAAGUUCCUAGCAGCCACAAUACAUAGGCCAUUGCUGACAAACUGUGGAACCAAGUUGUCUUUCCAGGGCGUCUCUAAGUGUCUAGUCCCAAGCUUACGACGGGGGCCACUCAACCGCCACCUGCGCGAGGCUUGCGUCUUGGCUGCUCGAUGGGGACACUAGCGUCGAUAUGAUGAUGCCCUUAGCAGCAUAAGAGAAAUCGCCGGCUGAUGUUUAAGAAGAAAGCUAGUCCCUCACUCAGGUUGACAGCCCGUAUCGCUAUAUCAGCACACCGGACGACUCCAAAACAUGCCGUCAUUUAAUAUGAAGAAACCCACCCCGAAAUUGGACGCCCCAUCGGAAGUGUUCACGGCUGAUGACGAUGGAUACAAUACAUGUCUCUCGGGCCAGAUAUCAGUCUCCCUUUCUUGCCCACUACCGUCCACCUCACCCUCCCAUAUCAACGUCUUCCUCAUUCGCAUUGGCCAGCUCAAAACAAUCACCAAAGUCGUGAACGGCCUGAUCCCUAGAAAUCCACUUUGCUUUCUCCAAUUCAAGAAGAAAUCCGACUGGCGCAAGUUCGCGGAAGCAGAGAAGCUCGUCGAGCACUCGAUCCAUGCCGCUCCAACUAAGGCGCACCUUCACUCUGAUGGAUCCACGGGUGGGACGUGGAAUUUCAACCUUUCGAUCCCUCCGCACCUGCCCCCUACGACCAACAUCCCACUAGCAGCGAUUUCGUACGCGCUCGUCGCCGAGAUGACCACCGCAGAUGGCCGAUCUAUCUGGGCGGGCCAGGAGUUGCGAGUCUUGCGGCAAAGGGUCGUCAACCCAAGUCUCCGACAGUGCUCCGUGGUCACGUUUCCACAGUCGUCAGUCAUCGUGGAUAUCCGCUUUUCCGAACCGGUUCUUGGACCGAGAGUAACAAUCCCCACGACUGUUGGAUUGAAUGGGUUGAAGGUGGUGACAGGGCACGUGGAGACAAAACGGGAAAUACUACGGGAGAUCCGGUGGGAAGUUCAAGAGACCGGAGUGCUGCUUUUUGGAGAGACGGACGGCCUCGAGCGCGUUCCUGCGUCCAACACGUCUAGGUCGGAAUAUACACAUACGAUCAGCCGAGGGAGGGGCAAACCCAUAUCGAGAUGCUCGUCCGAAAAACCAGCGAACAGGCGUAUGGGGAGUGCAGAGGUCGAAGAAUCCUUCGACGUUUUCCUCCCUAAGCAGACCGAUCUUACCAACGACACCGACGCUUCUCAAACAGGCGUACCGCAUGCCCAUCCGGUCCUCUGCUCUGGCUUACAACCAUCGCGAGAGUCGACUGCAAGCUUGAAACAGUGGUUUACGGUACAAGUUCAGCAUAAGGUGCAGGUCCGUUUCUACGUUGGUGAGGAUACUUUCGAUAUAGGGACGGGCAAGUUGGUGGAACGGCAGGACGUGCAGAGGAUAUACACUGUGACUUGUCCUAUCGUAAUGCAAGAGCGGCGGGCGCAACGAUUCGUGUCUUCCGUAGAUUAUUCGGGGGAGGGUGCAAUCAGUCCUGCGUACGAGGCGGACUGGGAGAGCCCACCGCCGCCUUAUGUAUCGAGUUAGUAUCAAAUAUGGCCCGCGAAGGUGUUGGCUUUAUAGC